GAAGAGUGAACAAGUCUAGCACAUAUGUUGACACGAUGCUGCUCUAUACGAUUUUUGAGAGGUUCGAUGAGCGGGAGAGCACAAGUUGGGGUUCUCUCAGAUCUAUGUAUAGGAAUAGUUAAACGUAUAAGACAGAGAAAGCCUCAGCACUUGGCGGGCCCGCCCGAUCGGUCCAAUCAGUCGCCGGUUCGUCGUUCAGUGCGUCGCGUCGUUUUGGGCUUUGGUUACGACACAGGGAACACGCGCUGCAUUCUUUAGCACUCGCUGAACGAUCCACAGAAUAUGGAGUACUGGCUGAAGAUCUCGCUGCUGCUUUGCACUUUCGGCUUCCUUCGCGAGCUGCGGCCAUCGGAGCCGUAUGUGACCGAAUAUCUGGCCGGAGACUAUGGCAAUCUGACCUCCGAGCAGGUAUACCAGAAUGUCUAUCCCUUUGGCACGUACUCGGUGCUAGCGCAAUUGGUGAUUGUGUUCCUCAUCACGGAUCUGGUGCGGUACAGGCCGGUGAUCGUUCUGUCCGCCGUUGCUGGGAUCGUGCUGUUCGCCCUGCAGAUAUGGUGCGAUACCCUGAGAAUGCUACAGGUUGCCCAGCUCUUCUAUGGCUUCUUCACGGCCGCCGAGGUGGCCUACUACACGUACAUCUAUGCCAAGGUGGACAAGGAGCGCUAUCAGAUCGUCACCGGACACACGCGUGCGGCUAUCUUGAGCGGAAAGUUUCUGGGCGGACUGGUGGCCCAGAUUCUGGUGUCCACCGACAGCAUGGACUAUGGGGAGCUGUACUACAUAUCGCUGACCACACAGAUCAUAUCGUUGGGUGUGUCCCUGGUUCUUCCCAGCGUGCCACGCAGUCUGUAUUUCUAUGCGAAUGAUGCCAGUCCGAGUCCAACGCCUGGCGGCGAGGAGAAGGUCCCACAAUUCUCACUCAAAAGGGCCUGUCGCCUGCUGUGGUACCACCUGGUGUCUUCAUAUUCGAACCGCAUUGUCCUGCAGUGGAGUGUGUGGUGGGCCCUGGCCACCUGUGGUCAGAUUCAGGUGAUAUCGUAUAUUCAGUUCCUGUGGAAGGAGGUGGCGCCCGAACAUCAGAGCGUCUACAAUGGCGGUGUGGAGGCAUUGGCCACCCUCCUGGGCGCCGUAGGAGCCAUUGUGGCGGGUAUGCUCAACUCGAACAAGCGACGCAGCUCCUAUAUGCUGUGCAACUCCAUUUGCGCUGCUGUUCUGGGCGGUCUCUUGCUAUACGCCUCACAAACCACUGUACUCUGGGUGGCUUACGUCAAUUAUGUGCUCUUCUGUGCCAUAUUCUUCUUCAUCAUCACUGUGGCAGGAGCCAUUGUGGCCGAGAAUCUGGUGGAGGACAGCUUUGGCCUCGUCUUCGGCAUCAACACUUUGGUGGGACUCAUGUUGCAGACGAUCCUCACCAUUGUCGUGGUGGAACCGGAUCCGGGCUUUGGCUUGGGGCUGCGGGAUCAGUAUCUAGUCAACGGAGGCUAUUUCCUCUGCUUGGGGGGAAUCUUUGGACUCUGGAUUCUCAUUGCAAAGCUAUGUGCCAAGUCCAGGAACUCGAAGCAAAUGCGAAUAACCACGUAGCGGAGACCAUGAGACACGUAAUGCGAUAUAAUUUAGAAAAAUUUUGUAUUAAAUCGUUCCGCAUCAGCCCACCGAAUUGUAUAUACCUUGUAAUUCGAGUGUUAAUAUUUGUUAAUCUCAAAAGACUAUUAAUGGGUCGAUGGGAUGCGUAAUUAUUUAAUUGUUCCUAUAAAUACAUAUAUGCUAAUUCCGA